CCUUUCACCAUGUACUGCGAUCUCAAUAUACCAUGUUCAUCGAACCCCGAUCGUGCUUCUGUCGAUAGAAUUAAACUUAUUUUAUCGCGAGUAACUCAAUUUCAAGAAUGUACCGUUGCUUUAAACUACACCAUGCAGGGAAAAAUGCCAUUAAAGUCAGAAAAAUAUAAUUUUGACAAGAGCUUAUUAAACUCACCUUUUCCCUUGACGGUUUUAUCUCGUGUGACCAUCGAAACAGACGAGCUUUUACAACCAGACACGGUGGCACAAUUAAGAGAAAACUUUGACUUGAUUGCGAUGAAAACCACGGAUCUCGGUGUAUUUCAACAAGCAUGUACAAGUGAUGCCAUUGAUAUCAUUUCAUUCCAUUUCACAGAACGUUUACCCUUUGAAAUAAAGGCAGCUGAUAUUAACAAGGCAUUGCAACGACACGUUUAUUUUGAAUUAUCCUAUGCCAAUGCGAUUCGAGAUGCUCAAGCUAGAACCUAUACAAUUGGUGUGGCCAAGCAAUUAUUUGAAUUUACACAUGGAAACAAUUGUAUCAUUACAAGUGGGGCAGAAAUCGUAUCCGAGAUUCGUAAUCCUGCAGAUGUAUUUUAUUUUGCUAAAUCUUUGGGAUUACCUAACGAUAAGGCUAAAUUUACAGUGGAAAAGAAUUGUGAACAAUUAAUCCAUCUUGUCAAAAAUAAAUAAAAGAAGAGAGGUUGGGAAACAAUAACAAAAAAAAA